UUGGUGUAAAUUUGUGAGCACUUUGAUUUAUUUUCUUUAAUAAUUAUUGGUAACCAAAUUCGAAGGUUGUCAUAGCAAUAUUCAUACUAUUUUUUUUUUUAAUUUUUCCGAAGCAUUUGGAAAUUUCUGUAUUUUUUCCCUUCGAUAUUGAAAUUUUAAAAUAAAAUGAUACAACGAAUUUUUUGCAUUUAUCUGCGUUUUCGAAAUAUCAGACCGACGAGGCUGUGGGAUGUCUGUGGUAUCCUGCAGUCCCCAUUAUAAAAAGAAAAAGACCCAAAGUAUAAAUAAAUAAAUAGCGUAAAUAAAAAAUUUAGAAGUCUAUGACGAAGAAAAAUUUCAAAGUCUUUGCGUACCAAAAAAAACAAUAAAUUUGAAUUCAAUGAAUUUUCUCCUGACUGCUUAAGGAUAUAUAUGAAGAUUCAGCUAGACGUGUCUAUUGAUCAAAUAACAUUCAGUUUAACAACAUGUUCACGUGUACUUCAACGCUGAUAAAAAAUUUUAAGCCAUAUGGAUGUCCUUUUUUUAUUAAAAUAUUUAUAUCCUAAAACAAAAUUACGGACCAACGUCACACAACAAUCCACUUGGAAAGGACAAAUAAAUCAUUUUAUUUUAUUUUAUAUUGUUUGGGUCAUUUUACUAUUAAUUCCAUAAUUUAAAAUAUUUUAAGCCAGAAUUCAUCACAUUUGGAAAAUUUUAAUACAAACAUUCAAGACACUUAAGAUCCUUACUUCAAGCGCUUGUGGGUGAGGAUAAUAAAACUACGAUCUAGACCAAUUCCUUCUGGUAAGAACACCCUCCAUUUGCCCUGAGCACAGCCGGAUAUAAAGUUAACAUUGGGCCAGAAGAAAUAGUGUCUGUGAAGAAGCGGGUCUUCACAAACUAUGCUACACACACAACCGCAAGAUCGCAAGAAAAAUUGUACUCAGCUGUUUACGUUUUAGAUUAUUCUGCCGGUGUCCCCUUUUUUGCGUCGGCUUUGGUAUCUGAAAGCAAGCGUCAAUUGAAAAAAAUCGGUUAUUCGAAUUAACGGCGGGCAUUUGUACAUUGUUUUGAGAAAAACAUCAAGAGAUUAAAUUUAAUAUAUUACAUAUUAUAAUAAAUGUGAAUAGAGGAUAAACUUACGGAAAAGAUGGAAUCGAAAUUACCAAAACCAUCGGCACUUAAAAGGCCGACUGCAAUGAAGCCAACACUUCCGUUUGAACGAAUAAAACCAAAUUUUGGUACGGGGUUAUCGAAUAAGUCUCAAAUGAUUUGUGAUAGUUUACAAUCGCUGAAUGGUUUUCAACCUCUGUCUAAGGAUUUAACAAACUUUCAAUCUUACGACUGUACUUCUCGAAGAGCGCGUGCAGCAUCUCCUGACUCUUUGGGUUUAGGUAGCACUGCAUCACGCUUAAAAAUUCGACGUAGUCGAUCUGCUUGCGAUAUUCGUGACAUGCGACCAAUUAAAAGGACAGAACCAACUUUAGCUCCUAUACCAGCAAAAGCGGCUAGAACAAUUUCCAACGCGUUUGCUAGCGCAUCUAUCACAAACAAACCUCCUCGUAUAGGUACAUCUGCUACAAACUGCACUGGCGUCGGGACAGUGAAGCGACCGUUCUCGACCAAUCCAGCAAAGCAAGCUACUGGAGGGAAGUCAACAAUGCCAACGCAAAAAAAUUUAGUAAAAACAAAUUCUGGCAGUGGUGCUACUGCUGCAACAACAAGUACUGUGAAACCACAAACCAAACGCAUCCCGCCUUAUGAUUUCAAGGCGAGAUUCAACGAUUUAUUAGAAAAACAUAAAAUUGUCAAGGAAAGAUUGGAAGAAAAAAGUGAACAACUUAACAGACUUGAAAAUUUACCUGAACAAUUGGAAGACACGAAAAGCCAAUUAAAAUUAACAACAGAAGAACUACAAAAUUGUCAAUCUAAAAUUGAAUGCCUAAGCAAACAAACCAAAUUGCAACAGCAAAAAUAUGAUUCCAUAGCAGAAGACUUAAGUAAAACUACAGCAAAAUUUGAAGAAUUGAGGAAAACCUACCACAAUAUUAAAAACGAACAUACUCAACUAAGUUCAGAAGUUCUUCAGUUACGCCAGAGAACUUCAGAAUUGACGGAAACUAAUGUGGUUCUUUUGGAUGAAAUUAAUGUGUAUAAAGAACAACUAUUCCGUUCUAACAUGGAGCGCAAAGAAUUACAUAAUACUGUGCUGGACUUACGGGGCAAUAUAAGAGUUUUUUGUCGGGUUAGACCAACACUAGAGUGCGAACACGAUAAAUUAUUAUGCGGUUGGAACUUUAUUGAUGAAGCUACUGUUGAAAUAUCAAAUUUGGAAGCGAUAUCUAAAAAUAAACCAAAUGCACAUACAUUUACUUUCGAUCAAGUAUUUCAUCCCUCAUCCGACCAAGAGUCAAUUUUUGAAAUGGUCUCACCUCUUAUUCAAUCCGCUCUUGACGGCUAUAAUAUUUGCAUUUUUGCAUAUGGACAAACAGGAAGCGGGAAAACAUACACAAUGGAUGGUGUGGCCUCAAACCCUGGAAUUAUCCCACGAACUGUGGAACUAUUAUUUGAGUCCAUUAAAAACUAUCGCAAUAUGGGCUGGGAAUAUGAAAUUAAGGUAACAUUUCUGGAAAUUUAUAAUGAAGUUCUCUACGAUUUACUGAGCAACGAACAAAAGGACAUGGAGAUACGAAUGGUGAAAAACUCCAAAAACGACAUUUACGUGUCGAAUAUUACACAGGAAAUAGUUGAAAGUGCUGGUCGCCUUAGGGAACUUAUGCACAUUGCUAAAAUGAAUCGUGCAACAGCCGCAACAGUGGGAAAUGAACGAUCAUCCAGGUCUCACGCUGUUACUAAAAUCGAGCUUGUUGGCCAACACAAAGAAAAGCAGGAAAUUACAAUUGGUUCAAUUAACCUAGUCGAUUUAGCAGGUUCAGAAUCACCAAAGACCAGCACAAGAAUGAAUGAAACAAAAAACAUUAAUAGAUCGCUAUCUGAGCUAACAAAUGUUAUAUUAGCUCUUCUCCAGAAACAGGAUCAUAUUCCAUACCGAAAUUCUAAGUUAACUCAUCUUCUAAUGCCUUCACUAGGAGGUAAUUCCAAAACGCUCAUGUUUAUUAAUGUUGCACCAUUGCAAGAUUGCUUCGUGGAGUCAUUAAAGUCUUUGCGUUUUGCAGCUACUGUGAAUCAAUGUAAAAUAGCUAAAGCCAAAAGGAAUCGUAUUCAUAAUAAUUCCCUGGCAAAUACGAGUGGAGUUGGAAAUUAAAUAUACGAAAACAUUCUUAAUUUUACUUGUGUCAUGUAUUAAACAAUCAAAUGAUUUCAACUUAGCAUAAAUCGAGAACAUGAUGCAGAAAGUGUACUUGGCAUAAAAAUGAAUGCAGAUUGUCUUUUUAAUUAUUAAUUCAAAUAUACAUAGGUUUUUGUUACCAGUCUUUUUAAACUUUAAAUAUAACUAAUUUUGCCCAUUUUGUAUUUAAAAAUUCUGAUAUCUUAAUAAAUUGAUUCUUUUCAUAUUAUGAAAAACGUA